AUGAAGUUCUUCAUUUUUACCUGCCUUUUGGCUGUUGCUCUUGCAAAGCAUAAUAUGGAGCGCCUCUCACCCAGUGAGAAAUUUAAGCAGCAAAAGAAUGUGGUCAUUCCUCCCAAUAAGGAGAGUAUUUGUUCCACAUUCUGUGAGGAAACCACAAGAAACAUAAAUGAAAUGGAAUCUGUUGCAGCUUCCACAGAGCAAGUGCCUUUGUUUUCUAAACAGAAAGAAAGAAAGGUAGCAGAAGAAAAGCACCACCUAAAACAACUGAACAAAAUCAACCAAAUUUAUCAGAAGUGGAACUUCCUCCCACAUCUUCAGGCUCUUCGUCAACCCCAAAUUUUUGUGAACCCGUGGGAUCAGGUUAAGACAAGUGCCUUCCCCUUUAUUCCCAUUGUGAACAGAGAACAGCUCUUCACCAGUGAGGAAAUCCCAAAGAAGACUGUUGAUAUGGAAUGGUCUGAAGUAGUCGCUGAGAAAAAUGAGCUGAAUGAAGAACAAAAGAAUUACUUAAAACUUCUGUAUUAUCAGAAGUUCACCUUGCCCCAAUAUCUCAAGAUUGUUCGUCAACAGACAACUAUGAAUCCGUGGAGUCACAUUAAGACAAAUGCUUACCAAGUUAUCCCCUUUCUGGUCUGA